AUCAUAUGUUUUACGGUUAUGUUAUGCCGCAAUAAUUCUGUUAAGAAAUGUUGGCCGCCCGCAGAUUACUACGAGAGCCACGGAUUUCCGGCACUUUGAGCUGGUCCCGCUGGAGCAGCGAUGCCGCCAAAGCGACCACAGAAGCCACCGUCCUGGCGGAAAGCUUGGAAAAGAGACAGCAGCUUCUCAACGAGCUGGCGGAGCCAUUGGAUCAGCCAAGCCGGCCAACCAUCGAUCCCAAGGAAACGAGUGUGAUGCUUUUUCCUGGCCAGGGCACCCAGUACGUGGGCAUGGGCAAGGAGCUGCUUCGAUUCCCCGGCGCCCGGCGCAUCUUCGAGCUGGCCAACGAGGUGCUGAAAUACGAUCUCCUCAAGAUCUGCCUGGAGGGACCGCGGGAGAAACUGAAUCGCACGGAGCACGCCCAGCUGGCUGUGAUGGUGUCCUCGCUGGCGGCACUGGAGCAGUUGCGCGAGGAGCGACCCAAGGCCAUCGAAACGUGUGUGGCCGCCGCCGGCUUCAGUCUGGGCGAGAUUACGGCCUUGGUGUAUGCAGAUGCCCUGCCCUUUGACAAGGCUCUGCAACUAGUGCAAGUUCGGGCCACCGCCAUGCAGGCGGCAUGCGAUCAGGCAGCCGGAGCCAUGGCCAUGACGAUCUACGGACCAGACACAAAUCUGGGCGAGGCCUGUGCCAGGGCGCAGCAGUGGUGCCUGGACAAGGGAGUGGAGUCGCCCUACUGUGGCGUCGCCAACUACAUGUACCCGCACUGCAAGGUGGUGGCCGGUAACGUGGAGGCCCUCGAGUUCCUGGAACAGAAUGCCAAAGCUCUCAAGAUUCGGCGGAUGAAGAGAUUGGCUGUAAGCGGCGCCUUCCACACACCGCUGAUGCAAAGCGCCGUGGAACCGUUUACCAAAGCCCUGAAAUCAGUGCGCCUGCAGGAUCCCGUCAUCAGGGUUUACUCCAAUGUGGAUGGCAAGCCCUAUCGCCACGCCAAGCACAUCCUCACCCAGCUGCCCAAGCAAAUCGUACGACCAGUCAAAUGGGAACAGACCCUCCACGAGAUGUACGAACGCAAGCAGGGCGUCGACUUUCCACGCACCUUCGAAUGUGGCCCUGGCAAGGGUCUCGUCCAGGUCCUGGAGAAGGUGAACGCCAAGGCCGCUCAAUCCAGCAUAAAUGUUAUAGCUUAACUUUGUAUAUAUAAAUAUUCAGUUUGCUUUUAUAAAAA